UAAGACAGGUAUUAGAUGAAAGCUAAAAAAUACAUUAGCGAGCCUGUCUUUCGACAGAGGCGAGCAGCGCUCAUAGAGGGACAUCCAGCCAUGUGUUUCAUGUUUUAUUCGGAGUUUUAAAGCUUGGUGACGAAGUUUGGUGCACUUUGGACAGCCGGACCACGAUUUUCUUCACCAAAAAUCCGGAAGACCGUUGUGUGCUGUGUUCGGUGUUGACUGAGGGCGGAGGUGAUGGACGUGCUUUACUGAACUCGCCUAUUCAAAUAUCGGUGGGUUAUUCUAGAAACUGUGAGGAGGUGAUAGGAAAAAAAAUCUUCUCUACACAGCUUAAUGCGCCGCUGUUGAAAACUUUCGGCUGUACAUUGCAGGCAGCUUAGCUGUAUGACACAGCAUCAGCGCAUCCGGGUUUAAAGUUUACCACCAAGUCAACCGCAUCCUCGACUAAAUUUGGUCCUCGAUGGAGCUCCGUCAAAGUGACCUGAAGAGACACUGCAAAUAACCCUGACUUCUUCUCUGACAGUGACCAGAAAGUCUGCGAUGUUUAAGUUCUUACAGGUCAGCAUGGAUUCGGUAAGUCUUGCCUGUCUGUACAUCGCAUGCCUUUGUCUCUUGAGGAGAAGCGCAGCAGACCAGCCAAGAUUUACAGACCACCUACAGUCAUCCAACGGAUUGUCUGAGCUGUGUGGGAUCGAUGAAGUCUUGUGUCAGGAUGAGAACGCUGUGCUGAGUUUCGAGGCCAUUCGUAGCAUCCACAAAGACAUGGACGAUGAUGCAGACGGAAGUGUGGAUGUGACGGAGACAGAUGGGUUUCUCAGAGAGGAUCUGAAGUACCAUGACCCCAAGGCAAAGCACAAGAGUUUCCAUGGAGCUGACCUGCUGAUCACCGUGGAGGACAUGUGGAACACCUGGAGGGCCUCAGAAGUGUAUAACUGGAGCGUGGGGCAGGUGGAGGAGUGGCUUAUUAACUAUGUGGAGCUGCCACCAUAUGUCGACUCCUUCAGGAAGAAUGAAAUCAGUGGCAAAGCCUUGCCAAGGCUGGCCGUGAAGAAUGCCACCCUGACACUGUCCGUGCUGAAGAUCCUGGACCGCAGUCAUGCUCAGAAACUGCAGCUCAAAGCUCUGGACACAGUGCUGUUUGGCCCUCCACAAAUGAGCAGGCACAGUCACUUGAAAGACUUUGUGCUGGUGCUGUCCAUUGUAAUUGGUGUGGCCGGGUGCUGGUUUGCCUACAUCCAGAACCGCAACUCAAAAGACCACAUGAGCAAGAUGAUAAAGGACCUUGACGGCCUGCAGAGAGCGGAGCACAGCCUGCUUGAACUGCAGCAGAAGCUGCAGAUAGCGCAGGAUGAGCACCGCUCAGUAGAAGUGGAGAAGGUAAAUCUGGAGCAGAAGCUGAGAGAUGAGAUCGAUGCGGCUAAGCAGGAGGCUCAGAGACUGCGAGAGUUGCGUGAGGGCACAGAGAACGAGCUGAGCCGCCAGAAAUACGCUGAAGAGGAGCUGGAGCAGGUACGCAUGGCUCUGAAGAAGGCAGAGAAAGAGCUGGAGUCGAGGAGGUCCUGGUCUCCUCCUGAGCCUUUACAAAAGUGGCUGCAGCUCACACACGAAGUGGAGGUGCAGUACUACAAUAUAAAGAAGCAGAACGCUGAGAGACAGCUCUUGGUGGCUAAAGAAGGGGCAGAGAAGAUUAAGAAGAAGAGAGGCACACUCUUCGGAACAUUCCAUGUGGCUCACAGCUCCUCACUGGAUGAUGUUGAUCACAAAAUUUUGUCAGCCAAACAGGCUCUGGGUGAGGUGACAGCAGCUCUGAGAGAGAAGCUCUAUCGCUGGCAGCAGAUUGAGUAUUUCACAGGUUUGGCCCUCGUGAAUAACCCAGGCCUGUCCUCUCUGGCCUCUGCACUCAACCUGGACCCUGCCUUCUUGGGCAUCCGCCCUCCCACCCCACAGAACCUGCUGCUGUCCGAUGAUUUGGAUGACAUGGACGAGGACAUACUGUCUCCUGGAACCCUGCGCUAUGCCGCCUGGCAGAUGGACCGGCGGGUGAGCGACCUUUGGCCUGUGGCCUCUGAGAGCCAGUCCCUGUGGAAGCAUUCUGCUCCCAAUCUGGUGUCCCUGCGGCCGCGGCUCGGAGACCCCGCGCAGACCCUCAGCUCUCAGAGGUGGGUAGAGGGGGAUCAGGCUGAGGCAGGACCCCAGUGUGCCCCUCAGCCCCCCACCCGCCCAUAUGCACGACAGGCUCGCAGUCAUUCCAUAGGCCACCUGGAGUUCCGGCCCAUGCCCUCUCUCUCCUCUUCUCUCUCUCACCCCUCUAUCAUCUGCACUGCCGCUCCUUCUCUCCUACAGUCACUCUCUUCUUCCUCCGGCUCUCGUUUCGCUGGCCUGCUCUACCGCUCCUCCUACUGCCACUCUGUGGAGACAGUGUCCGGCCUGCCCCCUGCUGGGUUUAGUGCUGCACACCCACGCCAGAGAGCCGGAAGCAUUGGGGAUCUAAACCGGUCUGACUCCGACUCCUCACUGUCUCAGUCUCAGUAUGGUGAGGGUCAGCGUUCGUCCACUCCGCUGGGCACCAGGCCCAUGUUCUCCAAACCUAAUGGAGCUGGAGGCAGCUUAGGGGACAGCCCGCUGCUCCAGAAGAAACUGUUUAGCAUGGAGAAGUGUGCCAGCCUGGGAGAGAUUCACAUCCAGUCCAGUGGCCUGACCUCGGCCGAGUCCACCCGCUCUCUCAGCCCCACCACCAAUGAUGUAGAUAGGCCAAAGAGCAGUGGCCGCUCUCCACAGCUAACGGGCAAGAGGAGCCCAGGGGACGAGGACAGUGGCUCAACAGGAGAGGACACAGAGGCCUCCAGCUCCAGCCGCAAGAAACACACCUUCCCCAGGAUCUUCAACAAGCAGAAGCAGAAGAAAUAGCAGUGACGGGCCUAACUCAAACCUAAAAAAGUGCUUUUAAAAGUUUCACCAAAAUAUAGGAGUAGAAACUAUAACACACAAAGUGUACAGUCACAUUUAAAAGGACUACAUCCUUUAAAAGACACCAGUACUGUCUGUAUAGGUCUAAGGGAGCAUCUACUGUGUGAUUUUCAAAAUAUAUGUUUUGUAUUUUGGUUUAUUGAGUGCUUGUUGGCUGAUGGAACAUAUUAGUGCUGUGAAGAAAUGUGUGAUUUUUUAAGGUAAAAUUAUUUAUUCUGCAGAUUAGGGACCCCCCCCCCAUUUUUAGCCAUUUAAAGCUUUGUUUAUAUUUUAAUACAGGCUUUGUGUGCUUUCCGUCUACAGGCCUGGACACACUGAGGAGAUGUGACAAAACUAUUAUCAUGAAUUAAAAUAUCAUAACAGCACCCAGUUAAUCUUAGGGUGCACUGUAACCUGUAAAGACAAACUUCAGUAAUCUGUUUUGUUCCGAUUAUCUUGCUCACUGUCAUACCAGACCUGCACGGGUACGAGACUCAGAAAGAUGGAAAUGUUUAUCUAUUUUUAUUAAAUGCAUGAACACAAAAGCCCCACAACGUCUUGUCCAGUAUGUGCACACAACCAGUUUUUUUAUCAACACCUAAGCCAAAUCAUUGUCUGUAUGUUGAAUUGACCAUGUUCAUACCUGUAUACAGCCUUUUAUUGCCAUGUUUUAUAUGUGAUGUUGCAUACUUGCCCAUAUCUGACUGCUUACAUUCAGACUCAGCACUGACAGGUCAGUGAAGAGUUUAUUUAUUUAUUUUUUUAAGCCUUUAGCAUUAUUUAGUUAGGGCUAUAACCAAAAUACUGGCAGAUACACCAGACCCAUCCUACACGUAUUUUGACUUAUUAGUGGCAUCACUGGACUUGCAAAUGCUUUUUCGUGUACAUGUGGAUUUACUGCAAUGCAUGUGUCUAAAGAUUUUUGCUCUGGACUUUAAAUAAAUGUAUUUAAUUGA